AUGGAGAAACCAUCAUUGAGACAGAUGAGUAUCCGAAGCGACGGAAGGGCUCCGGGUGUUAUGCAUAAGCAGCCUGACCACUUGCGCAAAAACGAUCGAAUUGAGUUGCUGCUCCACAUCAUCCGCGAGCUUGGAAAAGACGGAAUCACCGCUGACAGGUUGAAGGAGGUCGCUGAAGACAACAAGCGAAGUCUGGAAAAUACCUCCGAUGUGGGGAUUUUCUUUGAAAUCCUUCGCGUCCGCAAGAUGGAGGAGCGCUACGGGCGCGGUGAAGUUGAUCGCAACAUUCCGGUCUACGUGAAUAACCAUGGAUUUAGCCCUAAGCGCGACGAGGUAGAAGGGUCUGCUGAUGGUGCCAAUUGUCCUAUUUUAACUGAGGGCGCAGCGGGGUACACAGAAGGAGGUCUUUUAAAACUAAGCUUUUCCAUCGAGCAGCCCGCUGCCCCUCCGACCACAUCAAUCGGCAAAAUGGGCGUGCCUGAUCCCUCCUUACUAGGCAACUUUACUCUAGGCGAGCCCUGGGUGAUAGGACUAGGAGCUGGUUCCGACAAGUGCAAGUGGCGGUAA